AUGAACUCAGAUGUGGUGGAACCAUUAGAGACUGGUGAUGCUGGGGGCGUGGCCGGUCACUCUAUAGGUGAGAAACAUUGCACAGAUAUGCCUUCAACUGCUACUUCUAAGCCUCAACCAAUUUCAAGCUCAGCCUCUCAACCAAAGGCUUCCGAUACUCAAAUUCCCUCUAGUCCAGAGCCCAAAGAGACUGUACCAGAUCCUGAUGCAGAGAAGGCAGAUGCAAGUGCUAGUUCUGUUCAAGGCACUGAGGCAUCAAAUCAAGUUGCAAUCUCCCCCCAAUCUUCGUCUCAAAAACUAGUGAUCAAUGAGACUAUUUCAACCAGUCCGAUUGACAAAGAGUCUCAUACAGUUAUAGAUACAACUCCUCAAUCAGAGGUUCUUGAGACACAAGUUGCCUCUACUUCAGAGAAAACCAACGUUGAUGAAUUGGGGGUAAGGGAAGAAGAAAUGGCUGAUCAGACUGAAGACACGGGUUCUGUCCCCCCUAAAGAGGAGGAGGUUUCUUCUUCCACCAUGACCCAACAAAUAGUCAUAUCAGAAAAGACAAGUGUCAGAACUGAAGAAGAGUUGGGCCACUCUGAGCAAGAGCUCUCAAGUUUUGAAAAUCUGCCCCUUCAAGCUGAGAACAUAGAGAUGGAAGCAGUGGAGCACUUGAUCAAACCCAGACUUUCUGUCGUCCAACCUUCCGAAGUCCCUGAAGGCACCGUUGGGCAGAUUGGUCCGAUUGAUACUCAACCCUCUCUAAGUCAUGUUGAAGGUUCUGAUGAACAAGCCACAGAAAAUGAGCCUUAUGUCGCCUCUGCUCCCAUUCAGGAGACCUGUGGAAGUGCUUCAUCUGCUCCUGCCUUGGAUGUUCCUCCCAUUAAUGCCAAUACUCAUGGACCAGCUAAUCCUCCUGUCACUUACGUGAUCAAGGAUUAUGAUGAUCUCAAUCCUGAUUCACAAGCUCAAAACAAUCUGACCAGGCUAUCGAAAUUAAAGCAAUCUAUUGAGUCCUCAUCCUCGAAUACUCAAUCUAGUGUAAUCCAGGCGAAAACAUUCAUGAUGGAAUGGAUGACCAGACCUUUCGAUCAUGUCCAAAGUUAUGGAGUUAUGUCAGAAGUCCAUCAGGCCCUCAAUGUGCUAGCUCAGUCUGAUCACAAGCUCUAUGAGAUCUUGUGUUUUGCCAUGGACCAGCUAGAGCAACUGAGAGAUGCCUUGAGCCAGUAUCAUGACAGUCUAGACUUGGCUUCCAAUGCAGAGUACACGGUCUCAAGGUUCCAACAAAGCUACACUGAUAGAGAUGAAGCAAUUGCUGAUGGAGAAAGCAAGGCCACUGAAAUUCAAAAGGUCGAUGCGGAGAUCAAGGGGUUGGAAACUGCUCUCCAACAUGCUAAGAAAAGGAGGACCCAGUUGGCCAAAGAAAUAAAUGAACAGCUGGGUCGAGCUGAAACUCAAGACAAAGUAGUCAAGAGUUUGGAAAGCAAGAUACUAACUUUCAAACUAGCCAUUCGGAGACCAGCCAUGUUGCUCAAAGAAGCUGAAUUCAAAUUCCAGAACUGCUUGGAGAUUUUGAGGGACAUUUUUGAUUGACAUUGUUGUCAUUAUUUCUGAACAAUCUUUUUGUAAUCGUCUUACUUUUGCCAUAAUUCGGCUUUCUCUCUUCCUUGUUAUAUUAUCUUAACCCUG